AUCGAGGGAAAAUCGAUUAUUUCGUUCUUCUCUUUUUGUUGUGUGCAAGUCGUGACUAGCGUUUAUGACAAGUCGGCUUCAUUUCAUUUUGGUUAUUUAGAAAAUAAACAUUUUUAAACGAGAAGAACUAUCAGGAUGUUUCUGACACGCUCCGAGUACGAUCGUGGGGUAAAUACAUUUUCCCCAGAGGGACGACUCUUUCAAGUUGAAUAUGCAAUUGAAGCGAUAAAACUUGGCUCAACGGCAAUUGGAAUAUCAACGUCCGAAGGCGUAAUUUUGGCUGUUGAAAAACGUACGUCAUCAAUUUUAAUGGAGCCAACGACUGUUGAAAAAAUUGUCGAAGUCGAUAAGCACAUUGGCUGCGCUGUUUCUGGAUUAAUGGCCGAUUCAAGAACAAUGAUUGAUCGUGCACGCGUUGAAUGUCAAAAUCAUUGGUUUAUUUACGAUGAAAAAAUGACCGUUGAAUCGGCAGCGCAAGCAGUAUCAAAUUUGGCUAUUCAAUUUGGCGAUAGCGACGAUGAUGGCAGCGCAAUGUCACGGCCAUUUGGCGUUGCAAUUCUUUUUGCUGGCAUCGAUGAAAAGGGACCGCAAUUAUUUCACAUGGAUCCAUCGGGCACAUUUGUUCAAUUUGACGCUAAAGCUAUUGGCUCGGGUAGUGAGGGCGCACAACAAUCAUUACAAGAAGUCUAUCAUAAGUCGAUGACUUUGAAGGAGGCGGCAAAAGCGGCACUAACGAUAUUAAAACAAGUGAUGGAGGAAAAAUUGAAUGACACAAAUAUUGAAGUGAUGUCAAUGACGCCGGAAAAAUUGUUUCACAUGUACACGAGGGAUGAAUUGCAAGAGGUGAUUAAAGACAUUGCAUAAAAUAAUUUAAAAUACAAUAAUUUUACAGAAAAAAAUUGUGCGUCGUUAAUUAAUUGUGAAUUAUUUUCUUAUUCUUCUCAAAUGAGACGGGAGAAAAGAAUUUUCAUAAAUUUCCGCGUUUCACUAUAACGAUUUAUAAAUUCUUUCUUACAAUUAGAUUUUCCCAAGAAAAAACCACACAGAAAAGAAAUACAAAAAAAGGAAAAAGGAAA